UAUUGGACCCAUUGUACCGAUAUCACUGCUUAAAUGAACCAUCAUCCCAAACCAACUCUUUAUUGUACUCCUCCUCAUUCUCCAUUACCGAUGUCCAGCAAUCUAGGACACCCAAACCAUUCAUGUUGUCUUGCAAGAAAAUUGUGAUAGAAAGACUCCAUCAUGGCGACAUGUUUGAAGUCCAAACAUCGAUGUUACUAAUAUCUUAUUCGCCUCCGGAAGAUAUGCAAGCAACAAUUCCCGAAGAUGAAGCAAUAAAAGCCAUACGACAAUAA